AUGAGUUCAACGUCGGAUCACGAUGCACUUGUUGACAUGGGCUUUCCGGCAGACAAGGUGUUACUUUCUCAUCCCGACGAUCUCGAUGAACCAGUAGAAGGAAAUUCCUUAGGUGGCGAACCAUCAGGAACUUCAUUAAAUGAAGAUGAGGGAGAAAUCCAAGAUGGGGAACAGACCGCUCAAUCGUUGAAAUGCGAUGAUUGUGAGAAGCUAUUCCGCGAUGGUGAGAAUGCCGCAGAACGUCAUGCGACCAGAACUGGUCACGUAAACUUUUCUGAAUCGACCACGGUUAUCAAACCGCUGACGGAAGAAGAAAAAGCUGAAAAGUUGGCGGAACUGAAGAAGCGUAUGGCUGAAAAACGAGAGUUGCGUUUACUUCAAGAAAAGGAAGAGGAAAAGAACCGUGAAAAGAUCAGAAGGAAGACGGGUAAAGAAUUAACGGAUGCUAGGGAAAAGAUGGAAGAGAAAGAAAUGCAAAAGGCGUUAUUGGCAAAAAAGAAGGAAAAAGAAGAGGAAAGGAUUGCUAGGGCUAAAAUAAAGGAACAAAUUGAAGCUGAUAAAAGGGAACGAGCCGCAAAGCGUGAAGCUGCAAAACAAGCAAAUCUACAACAUCAGCAAGAAGAAGCUGCUGCCGAAGCUGCCAGAUUAGCUCAGGCAUCAAAGGCAUAUACUGAAACGCGGUUGCAGAUUCGACGACCAGAUGGUCAACCUAUCACUCAUACUUUUCAAUCUACCGAUACAUUACAAGUAGUGUUUGACUAUGUUAGUCAACACGUUAUUGGUCCAUUCAACCUCAUGACGACGUUUCCAAGGUAA